CCCCCCCUGAGUGCCUGCCGUUCUUGAGAAAUCUUGGCGGGAGACGAUUUUUGUCCCUUUGAAAAGCGAAGUGUUAUUUAACUCUUUGAAAUUGCGACAGUGUUAUGUAGAUCGAUAAACGUGCGAUUUCGUUUUUUUGCAUUAGACGAAAGCGGAAACCAGAAAAGGAAAAGAAAUGAGAAAGAGAAAAGAGAAGAAGAAGAAGAAAUAGAAUUGUGUCAACUGUUAAUCUUCAGUGAACAGCGGCCAGAGAGCGACGCCCAAUGGAGCAAUGGAGAUGGUGAGCAGGGCGCCCUUAUUCAAAGAACGUAACUCGUCUCUUUGAGUCAUCUCUUCUUGAAUCUAAAAAAAAAAAUGUAGAAAAACCAAAAGGGAAAAUGUACAAUAAAUUUGGUGCAGCGAGUGACGUUUAGAGGGAAGUUGAAAUUCGUUGAUGAAAUUACUGGCGUAGGAGACUCUCUGGAGGUAUAUUCCCUGGGUUCAAAAUAUUUCACUGUUGUUUCUUGCAAGCGCUGUGCAGCGGUCGAACGCAUCCUGAUUAGCUGGAUGAGUUCCAGACUUCUAGGUAUUUAAACGAAGUGAGAACAGUAUCAGCCUACCAUGGCCACAUCCCGUAACGGCCUCAUCAGACGCCCGAGGGCCUAAAGUGAGUGCCAUCGCCGCCGCCGUCGUCGCCACCAACGCCCUCUACGUCUUCCGCGGUCGAGUCGGCGAAAUGGACGUGCAGAACCUGAGUUUGGAGGUGCUGGCCUCGCCCGCGCUGAACGGGACGGCGGUGGACGCGGCGGGGGGCGUGGAGGGAGGGAGAGGAGGCGCCACCCAGAACAGCAUCGAGGAAGAGAGCUACGAAUUGUACGCGGUGGUGCCGCUGUCGUUCUUCCUGGUGUUGUCGAUGGUGCUGGCGCUCGGCGGGAACGUGAUGGUGAUCCUGACGAUCGUGCGGCACCGCGGCAUGCGCACGCGCACCAACCUUCUGCUCGCCAACCUGGCCGUCGCCGACAUCCUGGUGGCGGUGCUCGACAUGCCCAUCGCGCUCAUCACCAUCAUCAGCGGCAAGUGGAUCUUCACGAAAGAUUUCUGCUACUUCAAUGGCUUCACCGUCGGGCUCGGACUCAUGCUGUCCGUGCACACGCUCAUGUGGAUCAGCAUCCACAAGUACAUCUCCAUCACCAAGCCCUUUUCGAGAUCAGUGACGCCCAGGAAAAUCGUCCUUAUGAUCAUAAUGGCUUGGGCGUGGACCAUUUUCUUCAACCUGUUGCCCACGCCCCUCAUCGGCCUCACGGAGACAGUCUUCAAGCCAGGAGCUUCCCAGUGUGGUCCUCCGCCUCCAAAGAAGCGCCUGCAGUACCUCCAUGCCGGCCUCAACACCACAAUCAACCUGGUCAUCCCCCUUGUGGUGAUGAGCUAUUGCUACUACAAGAUAUUUAAGGAAGUUAAGGAUCACCUUAGUAGGAUGCAAGAGUUUACUGAUGUGAAUGUGCGUAACUCCCUCAUCCAGCAGAAACAGAUCACUGAGACACUGUGCAUUGUUUUGUCAGUGUUUGUACUGUUCUGGUUGCCAUACAUUGGGUACUCUCUCUCUUUAGUGUUUUUGGGACAAGAGGCAGUACCAAAGAUAUUCAAUCCAAUCGCUUACUUGUUUGGCUACAUGAACUCCGCCUGCAAUCCUAUCAUCUACGCUCUUCGCUCUCCUUCCUUUCGCCGAGGAUUCAGCGAGAUCAUUUGCUGGAAAUCUCGAUAUGUCCCAGCUAAUAGUCUAAGCAGCGGCUCCACCUUCCGGACUCGAUUGACACAGAGAAGUACUGUUAUGGUAAAUGCUAGGGGCUCCAGAAACACUCAUUCUCGGCAGGCUGAGGGAAUGAUGGUUUCCUUCCGGCGGUCACUUUGGAACAGAGAAACAAAAAGUGAGAGGAACUUUGCCAGGAAAGGUGAACAAGGUUUUGGUAAGCAGACACGCAGUCACCAUCACAGUGCUAAAAAAGUUGAAGUGACUGUAAAGCCAAAACCAAUAAGUGAGGCUAAUCCUCAUGCCCUGAUAGACCACAAGAAACAGGGUGAGGAGCUUGGGUAUGAAAAUGAGGUCCUCAGUUGUGAUGGGUCAAGUUCAGAUGCGAUUAAGAGUGAAAUAGAAGGAACAAACGGUUGCACCAUUGUGAAGGGAGAGGGAAAUUAUGAUGGAGAUAUUUAUAAGGCAUCGAGUUUGAAGGAAAUGAAUCAUGAAUUUGGCCUUGAAAGGGAGUCUGAGAAUUUAGAUUUUGAAAUGAUAGACAAAGAAAAUACAGUCCCAAAUUUACCAAAAGGCAUUUCUGAGGUGAGCAAAAGCUGUGAGGGAAUUGACUCACAUGAUGUUCUAUCAGCUGUGGGGAAUGAAAGGAAAAGGCAUGAGAGUGCAUCUCUUGCUGAUAGUAAUGUACAAAUGAGGAAAAUUAUGACUUCUUCGCAAAACAAUGUUACCUCUUUGUUGCGGAAUAACCUUGACACUCACAUUAAUGGUAGGAGG